AUGGAAGGGAUAUCAGAGGAAGGGGAAGUGGAAGAGAUGGAGGAGGAAGAAGCAGAGGAGGAGGAGGAGGAGGAAGAAGACGAAGAGGAGGAGGAUGAGCAGGAGGAGGAGGAGGAAGACGAGGAGGGGAAGCGAGAAGAGGGUCGGCUGUAUGCAUGCUUAACUCUCGCCAACCUCUGCUUGCUUCAGGAGGGUACUCAGCCCAUGCAGGAUGGCAGCGAAUAUGCCACAGCCAGUACGUGUUGUGAUCUUUCCUUGGCCACCACUGCUUGUCAUUCCAAUGUGACAAGCCGUAUUGGAACAAGUUUCUCUGUGAGAGAGCAAGACACGACCCCCUCCUCCUGUUCUUACCUCAUGCAAGCACAGCGCCUCCUCCUCUCCUCUCCCACGCUCCCUUCCAUCUCCUCGUUCCUCCUCGCCUCGCACCCCUCCUCCCUCCCCCUCUACCUCAUCUGGACCACCGUCUCCCCAAUCGUACGGCUCCUGCGCUGCCACAUGGCGCCGACCCGAGGGCUGGGAGCGCUGCUGGCUGCUGCAGUGUGCAAGAGCAAGGGAGGCAAGGAGGAGCACGGAGCUAUGUUCUUCUUAGAAGGGGCCGUGGGGAUUCUGAUGGAAAUGGCGGCUUUUGAGGCGCCUCAGAAGAGGGAGGGGGAUGGAGCACUGGCCGAGCACCGUGCUAUGGCCAUAUCAGAGGGGGCUGUGGGGGUUAUGGUGGGGAUGGUAGAGGAGGUUGGGCCUGGUGGGGUGGAGAGAGAAAAGGAGAUGGAGGGGCAGAAGGAGGAGCAGAAGGAGGAGGGGAAGAAAAAGAAGGGGGAAAGGCAGACGGAAAAGCAGAGGGAAAGAAAGAGUGAGGAGCAGAGGGAGGAGGUGAAGGAGGAGCAGGAGAACCAAGUGCGGGUGAAAGCAGCAGAGUUUGCUCGCCUCGCCGUGGGCUACCUCAAUGUGCCACUGACCAAGCUGUCCAGCAGGAACGAGGGUCUAGCAGCUGAUGAGGAGAGGAGCAGAAGCAGUGGCAGCAGAACAGAAACAGCAGAUCAGCAGCAGCAGCAGAUCAGCAGCAACAGCAGAUCAGCAGCAACAGCAGAUCAGCAGCAGCAGCAGAUCAGCAGCAGCAGCAGAUCAGCAGCAGCAGCAGCAGCAGCAGCAGCAGCAGCAGCAGCAGCAGCAGCAGCAGCAGCAGCAGCAGCAGCAGCAGCAGCAGCAGCAGCAGCAGCAGCAGCAGCAGCAGCAGCAGCAGCAGCAGCAGCAGCAGCAGCAGCAGCAGCAGCAGCAGCAGCAGCAGCAGCAGCAGCAGCAGCAGCAGCAGCAGCAGCAGCAGCAGCAGCAGCAGCAGCAGCAGCAGCAGCAGCAGCAGCAGCAGCAGCAGCAGCAGCAGCAGCAGCAGCAGCAGCAGCAGCAGCAGCAGCAGCAGCAGCAGCAGCAGCAGCAGCAGCAGCAGCAGCAGCAGCAGCAGCAGCAGCAGCAGCAGCAGCGGCAGCGGCAGCAGCAGCGGCAGCGGCAGCGGCGGCGGCAGCGGCGGCAGCGGCGGCAGCAGCAAUAGCAGCAGUGGUGGGGUUCGAAUUUAGGGUUUAG